CAGAUAUUAUUGCUGUCGUCGCUCGUUCCGAUCGUCAUCAUCGUCGUCGUCGUCGUUCGUCGCCGUCGUUCAAAAAAGGGGGUCCCACAAUCGUAACCGCGAUCGUCAUCGUCAUCACCGUCAUCAUCAUCAUCAUCGUCGUCGCCGCGUUCGCGUGGUUCGUUCGGGGCCACAUUUAGGCCAGCUAUAAACCGAUACCAGAACGUUUUUCCAUUCAGUCAUCUACCCAACUGCCGAAGCGUACUGAUCUCUCCUGGCCACCAGAGCCCAGAGGAUAUCAGCGAGUGCUCUGAAUUUGUUUGUGUUGUGAACCAUUUUUGCCCGAUCGGAGCUAGCCGGAACCUUGCGGUUUUGAACCGUUGAAGAAUAUCGGAGAAUAAUUGUAAUUUUAAGGAUGUCCGUGUUGCGAACACUGGUGCUGUUGGCCAUCGGUGCCACCGUGGUGCUGGCCCAACGACGACUCGCCCUGCCCGAUCCUAGAAGUUGUGCCAACCGCGUGCGGCACGCCACGUACCGAGAUGCCCGUGGUGUAGCCCAUUCGUACUUCUUCAGCUGGGAGCACAACCCAACCCGCAACCUGGAAGUGGACUGGCUUGAUGCCCGUAACAUCUGCCGUCGCCAUUGUAUGGACGCCGUCUCGAUGGAAACGCCCCAGGAGAACGAAUUCAUCAAGCAGCGCAUUGCCCGCGGAAACGUCCGGUACAUCUGGACGUCCGGACGCAAGUGCAACUUUGCUGGAUGCGACCGCCCAGAUCUGCAGCCACCAAAUGAGAACGGAUGGUUCUGGUCCGGAUCGGGAGUCAAGAUCGGACCAACCACCCAGCGCAACACCGGAGACUGGAGCUACACCGGAGGAUACGGACAACAGCAACCGGACAACCGUGAAGCAGCUCAGGGUAACGACGAAUCUUGCCUGUCGAUUCUGAACAACUUCUACAACGACGGACUGAAGUGGCACGAUGUUGCCUGCCACCAUCUGAAGCCAUUCGUCUGCGAAGAUUCCGAUGAGCUGCUGAACUUUGUCCGCUCCCGUAACCCAGGAAUCCGUCUGUAAAAGAACUCUUUGAAACAAAAAAAAACUCAACCAAAACCCCUUCGUAAACCCAGUGUUCCUCAAAGCAAUCCCCAUCCCCAACCCCAGAACAGCGAGUAUGACGUGAGUCAAGCUGAAGGCGGCCCCUCAAACUCACAUGGAAUGGUCAUAACACCUUCUACGAGGAGACGCAUUCGGACUUGACCUGCGGCAACUCAUUCCAGCUUGAAAAAAAAAAAACAACAAAAAGCUUUCGCUCAAAACAGACAGCCCGCGGAAGCGCCAACAAAUUGUACGUUAUACUUAUUGUGUUUUAUUAUUUAUUGUAAUGUAAUUAUGUUUUAACAUGAAGAAGGACCCAGUUGUGCGAAUUUCUCUGUACAAAUGAACAGCGCGUUAGAGAAGCAAACAGUAAUGAAGGAAAAAUUCGAACAUGACCAAGAUAUCAGAGUAUGAAGAAGUGAUGCUAGCCUUAGCGUAUGAGGCGUAGAAAAAAAACAGCCAUUUUUUGGAAAAAAAGCUACUAAAAAUUGUUUUAAACUUUCGGUAACAUUUCGUCAAAAUUCUGACUCAUUGUCUAUACUAGUGUCAACGAUUCAAGUUUUUGGUACAUUUGUAAGUUUUUGUUUUCUAUUCUGGAAAAUAAAAAGUACUAAAUCUUA